CAGCCUCGCGGUGCUUUUUCCGUCAUGCCACAUCGCACUUUUCGACGGCCAUGUCAGCACGAAUGCCGCAGAAACGGGGCAGAGCCUGUGAGGCUUGCUCAAAGAUCAAAAUUCGGUGUUCACUGGGCCAGGCAUCAGAAGAUGCAGCACCGCCAUGUGAAAGAUGCGUGCGGUUAAACAAGGAAUGCGUUUUGAGCGCUCCAAAGCGUCAGAAAGACCGCGUCGCCGAACUUGAAGCACAAGUGGCACAGUUGACACGACUGCUUGAGAGUCAGCAUAUCCAAGUACCUUCCGUUUCUCCGGCUACGGCCUCACAAAGCAAUCAAGAUGAGUCACCUACACCCGCGCAGAUGGCAAGCGCGUCUGGAACAGCGACGAAGAAGCGACGACUAGACUCCGAUGGAGAAACGCCGCAAUCGAGCGUAUCUUCACCAGGUACCCAGAAUCCAGACAUCUCUGACAUCCAACGACUUGAUCGGGUACUCUCCUAUGAGCUGCAACAGCGAACGCUGACUCGCUAUGUCACCGAGAUAGCACCACUCUUCCCAGCAGUGCCAGCGCCAGCGGAUUGCUCGUUGCCCGAAAUGAGAGCGAAUCGACCCACGUUACUUAUGGCUUUCUUAUAUGCUGCCAGUUGCGGCUUUCUUUCGCUUGAUACUCAAGAAGAUGUAGCUCAAAUUCUCCUCAAUACCCUCUCUGCAAGAGCAAUCACGCACGGAGAGGAGACGCUUGAAUUGAUACAAGCUAUUCAGAUUGCCUGCUUGUGGUAUCGCUCACCGAAACACCAUCGUCGCGCAGCCGUAUAUCAGCUCAUUGAUAUCGCUUCUGCCAUGGCCAAUGGUCUCAGCGCAGGCGGUCCACUCGCUCCUCCGGCCAAAGGACUGACUUUGGACGAUUGCGCGGAUACGGGAUCGUACGAGUCGGUAGAGGGCUGGCGCGCCUGGCUUGGCUGCCAUGUACUGUCUGUGUCUAUGGCCAUAUUCAUGAGGAAACCGAUGACUGCAACUUGGACUGAACAGCACGAGCAAGCACGACUGAUGUUGCAGUACUCGCCCUUGAACGCAGACUCUGAUAGGUGGCUUGCCCAAUAUAUCAGAGCCGAGCGACUAUGCGAAGAGGUCUCUGAACAGGUGGACCUGACUAACACAUCUUUCUAUCGCGACGUAGCUGAUCCUGCGACGAGGAAUCGAGUGCAGACAUGUCGAAACAAGAUUCUGAAUUGGAAAAUGGGUGUUCCGCAAAGCUUACGCUCUCCGUUGAUCAUGUUCUGGGAACAUGUGGCAACAGCGUAUAUGCAUGAACCAGUUCUGCACACAGCAACCAAUAAGGACAGCUUUACGGCACCUUAUCUGGCAGAAAGGCUGUCACUGACAGACUUUCCGACUCCGGUCGUCACUCAAGAUCACAUCACAGCUGUGUACGAGCUCACUGCAGCUGUACAAGCCGUUCUGGACAUCUUCAUCAAUUACGACACGAAAUCGCUUGUUGCCUCUCCGAGCUUGGUGUAUGCUGCCAGAGCUGCGUAUGCUCUCUAUGUUCUGGCAAAGCUGUACAUCGCUGUUACUGCGCCAGGAAAUACACUUGGCACAAUUCUGGACGCCAGUAUUCUCGCCCUGCCGGAGUACGCUGACAGGCUGGCGACAUGUGGCUCACGGAUCAGAGCGCUCGACGAGCGUUGCGGCCCAGCUCGAAUUAUGCAUUGCGCACCGGCGAUCAAGGACUGGUAUAUGAACUAUACCCAAUUCCUCUCCUCGAACGCUGCACUCGCCCAGUCGAUCCAGGUCUCCAAUGACAAUGUGGCGGAGGCUCAGAUGACUUUGCCGCCGCUGCAAGAGAACACCAACGCAUUCAGCACCAUUCCACCGGAUUGGGAGAGUCUGCUCAUGUUCGGCGAUAGCUCCACUGACUAUGGGUUCGAUCAGCUGUUCGCUGAGCCUAUUCCUCUGCAGCUUGAGCAGCCCAUGUUUGCCAAUACGAUGCCUGCGGCGUUUGCGACGAAGUGAUCCAACACGCGGCAAAAUGUCAACGAAGCAGCGCAUGAAGCUCCAGAAUGGGGAUCACAUACCGACGAUACGAUCUUCUUGGGCGAGGAGGAGGACGUUCAUCAUCAGCGUACUGCAUUGUCGAGGUCGGUGAUCCACGAGCAAAUCGACGGCUCGCCUCGCAUGCCAUCAAUCCGAAAAUUUGCGGUGAUUGGGCACACUCGUCUUUGCCCAGCUCUGCCAUAAGUCGCCCUCGGAAGACUUCGUGGCAACUAUCGAUGCGUCAGCUGCAGAUAGGCCAAUUCUUUCAAUUGCCGUGUUAGCAGAGGCAUGGACAAGCCCGCACCCUUAGAUGUCUGCAUCCUGCAAAAUGGCGAAUGUCCGAUCAGGGCUCGACAAAAACUGUCAACGGAGUCUGAGCUGUGCCCAUACUGAGGAGCGAUGGAAGACCGCACG